AUGAGAAUGUCAUCUACCAUUGAUACUCGAGUUUUCUCGUCAAUGGCGAUUACCAUUACCGAUGGAAUCUGUCCCAUCUUCUCAUCAGGUUCAAGAAGAGUUGAUUUUCCCAACUUGAACUCAAACCAACGGCUGAACUCCGUCGCGAUAGGACGUCUCCGGGAUGGAGCAAAAGUGACAGCGACGGUGAAUCCGUAUUCAGACACGGAGGCAGCGAGGCCUGAGGAAAGGAAGAGUUUGACGGACUUUUUGGCUGAAGCUGAAAAUUUCUACAUAUCAGAGGGCGGAGAUGGAGGUCCACCUCGGUGGUUCUCUCCAUUAGAGUGUAGCUCACGCGCUCCAGGAUCUCCUCUUCUCCUCUACAUACCUGGGAUGGAUGGUACUGGAUUAGGGCUCAUUCGCCAGCAUAGGAGGCUUGGAGUGAUAUUUGACAUAUGGUGCCUUCACUUUCCAGCCACGGAUCAUACACCUUCUCGAGACAUUGUGAAACUCAUUGAGAGGACAGUUAGGUCAGAGUACUACCGUGUCCCAAACAGACCCAUCUAUAUAGUUGGAGAAUCCGAUGGAGCUUGUCUUGCUCUAGAUGUUGCAGCUAGUAACCCUGACAUUGAUAUUGUCUUGAUUCUUGCUAAUCCAGGUAAAAUGAGAUUGCUCACUUUCUCUGGAUCUUUGCAUUACGAUUCAUUUAUUGUUGUUUCCUAG